AUGCCACAGGCGGCCGGGAGGGCCCGACUAUUCGUGGGGCAACUUAACUUCAACGCGACAGAAGAAGACAUUCGUGCCAUAUUUGACUUCUACGGUCAUGUACUGAGUGUCAACCUCCUGCACGACAAGACAACGAACCGCAGCAAGGGCAGUGCAUUUGUUGAGUACGUCUCAACCGAAGAAGCCGACUGCGCCAUACGCUCGCUCCACAAUCGCUACUUCAUGGAGCGUGAGAAGCCACUGCAGGUGUCGUACUGCGAGCGGUCAGAGCUUAUUUCUGACUUCGGGUGGAAUCAAGCGCUUCGGCUCCACCACGAGAACAAAGCAAACCCGCCACCGGCCGAACGCCCUGGUCGCUGUAGGUGA